UAAUACACAAACUAAUUACAUCUAGAAAUUAUAUUCAGUUUAAUACUAAGCUCUCCAAUCUAAAUUGUUAUUGAGUUAAAAUUUGUCUCUUAAAUUGUUACAAUUACAAUGGACCAAGUUAAUCUUGCCAAUCAUCGUUUAAAUUGUUAUGAAAUUGAAUUUGAAUCAAUGCCAAUUACCUUUAAAUGGAUUGAAUCUAAAUUAAGUGAUCCAAAAAAACCACCGAAACCAUUGAAAAGUGAUCAAGAUGAAAGUUCAUUUCUUUAUUAUUUAUUGUCACUUCCCCAAGAGUUUUUGACAACAAUUUACAUGAAAACCAUGGGAAUUAAAUUAAUUUAUCCAGGAUCAACAAUGAUGAACAACUUGAUCAUGUCACAAAAGAUGAGAGAGAAAAGAAAUCGUCUAAUUAAAGAUUACCAAGGAAAACGAUGUAAAUUGUUAACUAACGACGGAAAUACAAUUGAUUCAAUGUUCAUUGAUCAAAGAGGAAUCAAUGUCAAUGGAGCUAAAUUAGUGAUUACCUGUGAAGGAAACAUGGGAUAUUAUGAAUGUAGUAGCAUUUGGUGUCCACUAACUGCCGGUUAUUCUGUUCUUGGUUGGAAUCACCCUGGUUUCGGUUCAUCAACUGGUCAACCUUUUCCCGAAGCUGAAGUCAAUGCAAUCGACACGGUGAUUAAAUUUGCUCUUGAAAAACUUUGCUUCAAUCAAGAAUCAAUCAUAAUCUAUGGCUGGUCAAUCGGUGGUUAUACGUCCAGUUGGGCGGCGAUGAGUUAUCCUUUCGUUCGUGGACUUAUUUUGGACGCUUCGUUUGACCAUAUUAAUUCAGUUCUAUCGACCAAAAUUCCGAGAAUCAGUCGACCCUUUUGGUUAUCUUCAAUGAAGAAACAUUUUAAUCUAAAUGUUUCCGAACAACUUGAUUAUUUCCCUGGUCCAGUUUUGGUCAUUCGACGGACUAAAGAUAUUAUCACAACUGAUAUUCUUUCAGAUCAGAUUAUGUCCAAUCGAGCUAAUUACAUAAUCAUCAACCUGUUUAAACGACGAUUCCCUAUGCUAAUGAAUGACACGGGAACUGCUUUGGCCUUAAAGUGCUGGUUAUCUGGAGAUACUAAUCAGCAAAAUCGAAUCAUGAUUGAUUAUAAUGUUGAUUUCGUUAAUUGUCAAUCUCUUCUUAAAAUGUUUCUCGAUAAACAUGGUCGUCGAUUUCCAGUUCUCAUUGGAUCGGAAUUAGAUGAGAAAACACGAAUUAGUUUAAUUCUUUUCUUGGCCUCGAAACAUUUACUCGACUUCGAUGAGACUCAUACUUGCCCUCUUCCAGUGAGAUACUUCAUUGAACCUUGGAAUUUAUUUGAAAUCUAAUUGUUACAAUUGCACUUUAACUAUCAUUAGAUUGUCAAAGUUGAUUAAAUCUCUUAUUAAAAAAUCUUUUGAAAUGGUUACUUUGUUUCGGAGGAAAAUUAAAUCACAUUGAAA